GCGAGAGGCUUGACAGCGGUGUGGGAUGGGAGCAGAGAGUGGAGAGAAGGAGCGUCCUGCCUGCAGUCCUGCCACAGCCGAGCAUCGAGCCACUCCGAGAGCACUGAGGAGCCACAGCCAGCCCGAGUCUCCUCUGCAGCGGAUCACACACACCUGAAGGCCGAGGAUUACAAACCAGACGGAAUAAGUCUGACAGUCCGGAUGAUUUUUCUCUUUGCAUCAGGGUUUUAUCUUCUUAGUAAAAAAAAUAAAGAAUUCAAUCCUGCAGCGCUUUUCCCAAAACUUCAGCGUACAGCUCCGCUUCUGCAAGUGCACUUAAACUUUGUGUUAGCCAUCUGGCAGUAGCCAGACGCUCUUUAUUUUAAUUACCAGUGAUCAUUCAUCACUGUUAUUCAGCCUUUUUCAGCGGAGCAGGAGCUUGCCUGUGAUGGACGUUGAUUUGAUAAAGAAUGAGUCCGCUGUGGUGCGUUCAUGAGCCUUUCUGCCAGCACCUCUGACCUUUUUGUGGAUUUCAGUGAAAUCUUUUGGACUUGAUCGUUUUUAUUUCCAACGAGAUCAGCGGGACUUCGCAGCUCUGAAAGGAUCCUGGUCAGAAUUUUAGCUACUGGAAGAGCUUUUCACCUCCAUCCAUCAUGCGACCCAUCCCAUCCAGACUCAGCUAUCUGUUUCUACACUUAUUCGCAUUUUGCUACUAUGCUCAGGUAACCAAUCAGUCCCCGCCUAAUUUCACGCAGCAUGUAAGCGAGCAGAGCAAAGUGACGGACCGCGUGAGCCGCAGGUUGAUCCGGAUCUACCAGCUGUACAGCAGGACCAGCGGCAAGCAUGUGCAGGUCCUGCCCAACAAGAAGAUCAACGCCAUGGCCGACGAUGGAGAUGUGCACGCUAAACUCAUCGUGGAAACAGACACAUUUGGGAGCCGUGUGCGCAUCAAGGGAGCUGAGACCGGCUUCUACAUCUGCAUGAACAAGAGGGGGAAGCUCAUCGGCAAGAAAAAUGGACAAGGCCGAGACUGUAUCUUCACUGAGAUUGUGCUGGAGAACAACUACACAGCACUGAGGAACGCCCGCUACGAGGGCUGGUACAUGGCCUUCACUCGCCGCGGGCGGCCAAGGAAAGGCUCGCAGACACGCCAGCACCAACGCGAGGUCCAUUUCAUGAAGAGGCUGCCAAAGGGCCAGCAGCCCGCCCACCCAAGCCACCACCGGCCUUUCGACUUCAUCCACUACCCCUUCAGUCAAAGGACUAAACGUACACGAUACUCGUCAGAGCGCUGAGGAGUGGGGGCAAGAUAGAAAAGGCAGAGAGAGAAAGAGGAGAAACUGACAGACUGAACUACCAGGAGCCGACACAAUCCUCUGCUCUCCAAAAAAACCUCUAGAGACAUUUUUAUACCGUGCAUUACUAUAUCUUAAUGUGUAGUUUGUUUUCUAUUUUUCUCAAAGUUAAAAAAAAGCUGUAAAUAGACAAAAACAUGUGAAAUCUAUUUUUGUACUCCAGACUUUUAGUACUGACCUGUGUAAAAAAGCAAAAGAAAGUUUGUUUUUAGAUGCACAUAACUCAUUGACUUAUCGGGGACAUCUUAGUAGAGUGCGUUGUAUUGUUUUUUUUUUAUGUCAUUUUGACCAGUGGAGUCGUUUUUUGGACUCUUGCCUGCUGCUCAAGGAGACUUGAAGGGCCCUGAUUGACCGCACUGCCAGGGAACGCUGCGUUCAGAGACACAAACUGUCACACACUGUGUUGGAGAGCGCCAGGGUUCAGUAAACGUUGCAUAACCACGUGGUGGUAACACUGCAGGGUUUAGCCUCUUGCUAGAUGCUGCAUCAUGACCCAGAUCAUUCUGUAUCACACAGUUAAAGCAAACAGAGCUUUAGGAGCAUCUGAUAGAACAACGGGGCAGCUACAUUUGAUAAUCACAGGUUUCCUGUUCUGACUGUAAAGUUGAUGUGUAGAAAAUGCAUUGAAGUGUAAGGAACCCCUUGACACACCCACUAACCCUCACCCUCUUGUGUUCUUGUUGCCCCUUGUAUGUCUUUUUUAUACAUAUAAAAAUAUAUUUUUAUUUGAGGAUGUGUAAAAUAAUUUUAAG